UUAUCAUUUCAGCUCAUGAAUACGAUAUCAUAUAUUGCGGAUUCCAAAGAAGCGGAAGUGGAAGUAGGGGAGGUGGAUCCAAGGCACAUAAAGAUAGGUAGUAGAAAGUAUUACAGAGAUACUGGCUCUCUCACCACUCCACCUUGUACACAAGGUGUUGCAUGGACAAUUGUAAAAAAGGUGAGGACGGUCUCCCGAGAGCAGGUGAGGCUCUUGAGGGCAGCAGUUCAUGAUGAAGCUGAGGCGAACGCGAGGCCAAUGCAGCCGAUCAACCGACGAGCUGUUCACCUCUACUCCCCAAGGCGUCUUUCAACUGAUCUCUACGCUUGA